CUGAUCUUCUUAACACACAUCUACAAUAUUAUCAGUUGUGAAAGCAAAAGAAGCUAAGCAAAGAAAAAUGUCUCUGGUGACAGAUGAGAUCAGAGCGAGCGCAACGGAGUUCUACAAAGGAAAUGACAUCUGCCAAGAGAAAUCAAAGUUCUUGCUGAGCGAAGUGGGGAUGCCGACGGGGCUUCUCCCCAUGGAAGACAUGGAAGAAUGUGGGUAUGUGAAGGACACUGGGUUUGUGUGGCUUAGAGCCAAGAAGAAGACGGAGCACAAGUUUGAGCAGAUCGGGAAGCUGGUGCAGUACGCGGCGGAGGUGACGGCGUUCGUGGAGCCCAAGAAGAUCAAGAAGUUGACCGGAGUGAAGGCCAAGGAGCUGAUGCUGUGGGUUACUAUCAGCGAGAUUUGCCUGGACGAUCCCCCCACCGGAAAGAUCCACUUCAAGAACCCCAUCGGCAUCGCCAAGACGUUCCCCGCCUCGGCCUUCGAGCUGCCGGGGGAGGAGGAGAAGAAGAAAGAUGCAGCCAAGGAGGAGGUCAAGGAGAACGCCGCCGUUGCCGCCGCCGUGGAGGUGAAGGAGGUGUAAGUGGCCGGUGAAUAUACGUACUGGUAUUGUUAUUGUUCUAUUUUAUCAAGUCUUUAGAAUUAAUGUCUGUCAUCUUCAUUACACAAGCUAAGAUCAUGUUUUUAGAUUUCCCUAUUUGGUACUAGCCUCUCAUAUGAUCUUCAAUAAAAAGUCCAAAAUCUUUGGGCAAAAUUAUACCUCUAGCUAAGUUA